AUGAUCGCCUCCCGCCGCGUCGUGCAGUGCAGCUCAGCAACGGCAGCUUCCGCUGCGUCCACAUCACCCCCGCCCGCCAUGGCGCCGCGCCCACCGUCACCAUGCGCACGCUCGCCAACCCGGAGACGGACGACUGGACGCUCGACUACCAGGUGUCCUUCGCUGACAUCUGGGCAGACGACACCUCCAAGGUCGCGGGGCUGCCGGACAAGGAACCCGUCGUCGCGCUCAUCCACCCCCAUCAACCCCGACGUCCUCUACUGCUUCCUCGACGACUACCUCUUCGGCGUCGACGUGCGUGCCAGGAAGGUGGUCCAGUGCGAGGCUCACGGAAUGGCCCAAGACAGCGUCUCUUCCUCCUCUGUUCUCGCCUGCAAGCGGCCCCCCGUGCGCACAGCCGCAGCCGCAGCCGCAGUCGCAGCCCCAGGUUUCGGUGGGGAUGAACCUGUCAAUGCUUCAAAUGAUGAGUCCACAACAGCAGCAUCAACUUGA